CUUGUUAGUUUACACCUUGAGGGUAUGAUAGUUGCCCGAGUCAAUCUGGGCCUGUGAAGGGGGUAAGUAAGGGCGAAUCAUCCACAGAUCGGGUUCCUUCCAUGGAAGAGGUUUAUAUUUUUUUUUUUAAUUUGAUCGAAUGGUUCCUAAUCAGAAUUCAUCAGAAAAAGGCAAACACCUAGGAGGUAAAGAAAUAAUAGAAAGCUGAAAGAAAAAGGGGACUGAAUAUAUUCAACGGGUACUAUAGGCUAGCUGUUACUGUCCUAUAACUUUUUCCGCAAGGUUUCUAUUAUUAUGAUGCACCUCAGCCAUUUGAGAAACACAAUCUUUAAAAGGUACCGUCUUCAAACACAGAACCUCCUGGAUUGAUAAAAUGA